AUGGAUUCCUAUGGUUCGGCGCUCAACCGCAGCCAGUCACUGAUGAGCGGCCUGGAAAAGUCGUCUCCGACAUGGAACAAGCCAGCCCACUCCCGGAGCAGCAGCACCGCCUCAUCUCGCCACUCCAGACAGAACAGCAAAGACUGGGAGGUGAUAGAUGAUCUUCAGGUUGACGCGCAAGCAGGUAAUGACAAUCCUCCGGACAUGACCGCCCCAGGUAUCUGUGAGGGAUACCUUCUCAAAAGGAGAAAAUGGCCUCUCAAUGGUUGGCACAAGAGAUACUUCAUCUUGGAGGCAGGGAUCUUGCGGUAUUCAAAAAAUCAACAGGAUAUCUCCAGGGGAAAAGUCCAAGGUUCCUUGAACGUUAGCCUUGCAGUGAUGUCAAUAAAUAAGAAAUCAAAUCGGAUUGACUUGGAUGGUGGGGAUAUUCUCUAUCAUGUAAAGGCAAAGAAUCAUGAGCUCUUCUACAUUUGGGUAACCAAACUACAAGCUCACCGUAUGUACAAGAAGAACGAGGUUGCUCAUGUUCACAAUGGCUUCCUUCAAGCUUUGACUCAUGGAACCGUGGCUGGACCAGCCCAGAAAAAUGGAAGCCUGAGCACCAUAGGCAUCUAUACAGGAGAUAUGGCUGGGGCAUCAGAGGUGUUGCCCUCGGCCAACACUGGUGUGAAUGGCAAAGUGUCUGCCUGGCUGCAGCAAACCCAUGAGCCAGACAGCUUUUCUCAAGAGCUGAACCGUUGUCAGUUGGACCUGUCUGAACUUAACCGGUUGAUUCAGAGGCUUCAGGCUAUCGAGGCGGGCCAGCCCUUCUCUAACGGAGACCUGCAGCGUAUCAUCAGCAUGCAGAAUCUGUUACUGGAAAAGCCAAAGAAAUCCAAAUCAGCGAAGAUGUGGGGCCACUCACGCACCUUGUCCAGAGUAGAGGCUCUGGGGAUGGUAAGAAUGCCUAUUCGUGGGAUUACUAAAUCGCUGUCGUCCAGUCAGCUGAACAGCUCAUCCCACCUGGGCACGUCGGUCCCUUCCAUCCCAGACUACGUCUACUCCCAGUUGUCCCCACCCUCUCCUACAACCCCAGAGGGCAAGAAAAUCCAGCAGGACAUCUGCAGCAUGUCCUUACGAGUACUUGCAUCCCUGAAGUUGGUACAUGAGGCCCUGUCCCAGGAGCACCAGAGGCUGCGGGAGGCCUGGGGGAGUAACGCCAUCCACCAGCCUAGCACACUGGCUGAGCCUGGAGCAACAAGGCGCUCAUCCCAUAGUCCUCCUUCAGUCGCGGACUCGACUGCAGAGUACUUUGAUGCCAGUGAUGACGUUCUAUGUGGCAGCUCCUCGGAAGUGUCUGAUGAAUCAGGACUCAGUGACGGCACAACCAGUAACUCUGAGCCUGAGGAGGGUCAUGCUUCAGCCACCCGUAAGUACCGUGCCAGCAUCUCCAGGGCUCCUAACAGUGUUGUUCCCAAAAGCACAGGACGCCGAACAACCCUGGCGGCUCACUGUCCAGACAACAGCCACGUGGGCCUCAUGGCUAUCCUCUACAAUAACAUAGGUAAGGACCUGUCUCGAGUGUCCAUGCCUGCUGCUCUCAAUGAGCCCAUUAAUCUGCUGCAGAGACUUUGUGAAGAGCUGGAAUAUGCUGAACUGUUGGACACUGCCAGCAACACGCUGGACCCCUUCCAGCGAAUGGUCUACAUUGCUGCUUUUGCCAUUUCUGGCUAUUCAACUGCUACAUUUCGAAACCGCUACAAGCCGUUUAACCCUGUGUUGGGUGAAACGUAUGAAUGUGUUCGAGAGGACAGAGGCUUCCGCCUUAUCAGUGAGCAGGUCUGCCACCAUCCCCCCAUCUCCGCCUGCCAUGCAGACUCAGAAAACUUCUCUUUUUGGCAGGACCAGCGAUGGAAAAAUAAGUUCUGGGGGAAGUCUCUAGAGAUCAUGCCAACAGGAAUGGUGAAUGUAACCCUCCCAAGGUAUGGAGACCACUAUGAAUGGAACAAAGUAGUGACCUGCAUCCAUAAUGUCUUGAGUCAGCAGCGCUACCUGGAGCAUUACGGAGAGGUCAUCAUCCGUAACCUAAACAGCAAUGUUUGCACUUGUAAGAUUACCUUUGUCAAGUCUCGUUAUUGGGGUUCGGAUACGAAUAAGAACGAGGUGCAGGGCACAGUGCUGGAUCAGAGUGGGAGUGUCAUUCAUCGGUUUGGAGGUCUUUGGCAUGAAGGCAUCUUCUGUGACACCCUGCCUACUCCAAAAUGCAUCUGGAAGCCAAAUCCCCAGCCAAAAGAUUACCUCCUGUACUAUGGCUUCUCCACCUUUGCCCUGGAGCUUAAUGAACUCACCGCGGACCUGGAGCCACUCCUGCCCCCUACAGACAGCCGAUUGCGCCCAGACCAAAGAAUGCUUGAAGAAGGACAGGUGGACGAGUCAGACAGAAAAAAAGAUGAAGUUGAGGGAAUGCAACGGGAGAGGAGAAAAGAGCUAGCCAAAAAGGGAGAGGAGCAUGUUCCACGAUUUUUCAAGAAAGCCAAAGAUUCAUGUGGAAGGGAUGUGUGGGUUACAAAUGGGACCUACUGGAAACUCAGAGAUAAUCCAGGCUUUGUUAAAAUUGAAAAUAUGGCCCUGUGGUGA